AUGCUUUUGCAUUUCCGGGGGGAAAACUAUUAAUAAACAAAACAGUUCUCCUCCCUGUCAGUUCAUGCACACUGCUUUGCAUGGCUGUGCACAGCACAGCCAUGUAAAGCAGUGUGCUUGCAGUGAAGCACACACACAGAACAUAAUGUAAAACGACACACAGCGCACAGUUAACCCUUUGAUCGCCUCAGAUGUUAAUCCCUUCCUGCCCGGUGCCAUUAGUACUGUGUCAGUGCUUUUUAUUACCACUGAUCACUGUAUUGGUGUCACUGGGCAUGUCAGUGACACUAAGUCGUUCCCCCCAGUGUAAGGAUGCCUGCCGCAGUCCUGCUGUA